ACUGACUACCAGGUAAGCCAAGGCUGUUUCCUGAAUCAAGUUCUCCCUGUAAAGAUGUCAGGAUGCCGCGAGAAACAGAGGCUGGCAGAGUCAGAAAAACGAAUUAAAAAUUGGAAAAGAUGGGGUCCGUAUCUAUCCGAACGACAAUGGGGGACAGUGCGAGAAGACUAUUCUGCCGAUGGCCAGUGUUGGGAUUAUUUCCCGCAUGACGAUGCCCGUUCCAGAGUUUACAGAUGGGGUGAAGAUGGACUGAUGGGUAUCACUGACAGAGAAUGCCGCCUUUGCUUUUGUGUCGCCCUCUGGAAUGGGAAGGACUCGAUUCUGAAAGAACGUCUCUUUGGCCUGACUGGCCCACAGGGUAACCACGGUGAGGAUUGCAAGGAGUGUUACUAUUAUCUUGAUUCAACCCCAUCUCACUCCUAUAUGAAGAUACUUUAUAAGUACCCGCAGGAGGCCUACCCUUACUCACGGUUGGUGAAUGAGAACGCCAGCCGUGGUAUCAGCAAACCAGAGCUUGAAUUAGAAGAUACAGGUGUGUUUGAUGAGAAAAGGUACUGGGAUGUUUUCACGGAGUACGCCAAGAACGGACCAAACGAUAUAUUAUGUCGUAUCACAGUGGCCAAUCGUGGGCCUGAUACGGCCACCAUCCACGUACUCCCUCAGCUUUGGUAUCGCAACACAUGGAUCUGGGGUUGCUCUCACGAAGGAUGCACAAUGAAACCAAAGAUGUCGAUGCAAAAAGACGGAAAGGUUCUCUGUUCUCAUGAGAGCCUUGACAAAUUCUACUAUGUGUGUGAUGUGGGACCUGAUGGCAAGAAUGUAGAUAUUCAUUUCACUGAAAAUGAGACAAACAUGGAAAAGCUCUACGACGUUGAGCACUACACAAAGUUCUUCCGUGAUGCAUUUCACAGAUACAUCAUUGAAGGUGAAGUUGGGGCAGUUGAUGCAAGACAAAGGGGGACAAAAUGUGCCCCUAUAUAUGUAUUAGAGGUACCAGGAGGUGAAGAACGUACAGUCAAAGUGCGACUGUUCAGCAAAGAUGAGGAUCCAGGCGAGUCUUAUUUUGGUGAUGUAUUUGAUCAAGUUUUUGCUGAUAGGAUCAAAGAAGCAGAUGCAUUCUAUGCAACAGUGAUUCCAUCAUGUGAUCCAGAAAAAACCAGGGUUGCUCGGCAGGCUUAUGCUAGUCUACUGUGGAGUAAACAGUUCUACCACUACAUUGUGAAAGAUUGGUUGCAAGGAGAUAAGGACCAACCGCCACCUCCGGAAAGUCGUCACUAUGGCAGAAAUAUCGAAUGGAAACAUCUUUUCAACCGAGAUAUUGUGUCUAUGCCAGAUAAAUGGGAAUAUCCGUGGUAUGCCUCGUGGGAUUUGGCUUUCCACAUGAUUCCGUUUGCACGAGUUGAUCCGGAUUUUGCAAAGCAACAGCUACUCAUGUUCCUGCGAGAGUGGUAUAUGGCACCAAACGGUCAGAUGCCUGCAUAUGAAUUUGCCUUUGGUGAUGUCAAUCCACCUGUGCAUGCGUGGGCUGUAUUCCGUGUAUUCAAGAUGACGGGAGAACGAGGGGAACGCGACAGGGUAUUCUUAGCCAGAUGUUUCCAGAAAUUACUGCUCAAUUUUACAUGGUGGGUGAACAGAAAAGAUCCAGAUGGAAAGAACAUCUUUUCCGGUGGUUUCCUUGGUCUGGAUAAUAUUGGCGUGUUCGAUCGUUCACGACCUUUGCCCACAGGAGGAAGUCUGGAACAGGCGGAUGGCACUGCCUGGGUGGCUUUCUUCUGCGUGGUCAUGCUUGACAUCUCGCUGGAGCUUGCACGGACUGACCCAAGCUACGAGGACAUGGCCAGCAAAUUCUUUGAACACUUUGUCUCAAUUGUUGAUGCUAUGAAUCAGAUGGCUGGAGGUGGAGGUCUUUGGGACGAUGAGGAUGGGUUCUACUAUGAUGUCCUACGCACUGAUAAUUGUACAGCGCCAAUGCGUAUCAGGUCGAUGGUCGGCUUGGUGCCGCUGUUUGCAUCCCUGACGCUAGAAGAGUCGGUCACAGACAAGAUGCCAGGAUUUAAGAAACGACUGGAAUGGUUUAUGAAAUACAGAACAGACUUGUCUUCUCAGAUUUCUUACAUGACUGCAGAUGGCGAAGUUUCAGGAAGACACCUUCUGGGAAUACCAAACAAAAAGAAGUUGAAGAAGGUGUUGGCGUACCUACUUGAUGAAGAUGAGUUUUUGUCUCAGUAUGGUAUCAGAUCUCUCUCUAAGGCUCAUGCUGAUAAGCCAUUCUCAGUGCACGUUGGUAAUGAGGAGUACAGAGUUGACUAUGUACCAGGGGAGUCGAGUACCUACCUCUUUGGGGGAAACAGCAACUGGCGAGGGCCAAUUUGGCUUUGCGUAAACUAUCUGAUAAUCGAGGCUUUGGAACGGUACGACUACUUUUAUGGAGAAGCAUUUAAAGUAGAAUGCCCGACCGGCUCCGGAAAACUCAUGUGUCUGAAAGAGUGUGCAAAGGAAAUUUCCAGACGACUCAGUUCAUUGUUUCUCCCGGAUGAGAAUGGGCGAAGACCGUGCCACGGGCAGAAUGACAUGUACAAAGAUGAUCCAAAUUGGAAGGACCUUAUUUUGUUCUAUGAAUACUUUCAUGGGGAUAAUGGAAGAGGUUGUGGAGCAAGUCACCAGACGGGUUGGACUGCUGUUGUAGUGAACUGCCUGGAAAGAGUUUGUAAGAGUUAGGUUGACAACACUGGCAAGAAAUCAGAACAAGGUUGAUAGCAAUACUGUCGAAUAGCAGUCUUUGGCUAAGGCUUUGACAAUCAUAAUGAU